UAUUUUUUAUUAUUUCUUCUUUGCACUUUCCUUUCCUUCCUAUUCCUUCCCCCUCAUCCCCUUAUUACUUAUAUACCUUUUAAAAACCUAUUCUUGUAUCUGUUGACAAACUAGACUCUGAAUGGAUAGCUAUCAACACAGAAAACAAAAUAAACGUAAUAGUAUGUUGGCUUAUGUACCUAUUCAUCGUCGACAAGCUGAAGAAGACAAUGAGGCCACAUUAAUCCCUCCGCCAACCCAUCAUCAUUACAAUAGCCACAAUAACCAACGUAGUAGCAUGAAUAGAUACCGUUCAUCAAUAAGUUCUUUUAAUGGCAACGGAGCUGAUGACCAUUUGCAAGUAGAGUCAAGUGUCUCCACCGGUUCUAACGCAACUAUCAACGGUAACAAAAGAAUGUCCAUGGGAGGAGGUUCCCGUCGACCGUUAUCUAUCAAUCGAUAUCAUUCCAACAGAAAUAGUUUUAUGGGUGGUGAGGACGACAUUGAUUAUAUGCAGGAUUAUGAGAACGACCAAGCUGAAGAUUGGGAAAACAUUCUUCGUCAAUAUGAUAGAUAUAGCUACCAGGAUGAAGACAAAAGAAAGAGCCGAAGAGCAAGUCGACUCUUGGAUCCCUACCAGGAUUCAACCGUCGAGGUGCCUAUCGUAGAUGAACCCACCUAUAUUUUGGAUUGUUAUGAUUUUCCGCCUGCUUUCAAGACGCAUCAUCUACAUGAUAUCUUUAGGAGUUAUGAAAGCAGUCGUGGUGGUUACAAGAUCAAAUGGUUGUCUGACACUCGUGCUUUGAUCAUUUUCGAUCAUCCAGCAACAGCCAAAAAAGCUUAUAUUGAUAAUGUCACACAUGCCUUAGCAAAAAUCCGUCCUUAUGAUGGUCCCACCGAUUUCUUGAGAGAUAUCAAUAAUAACAGCAGCAACAGCAACAGAGCGAGUCGUCCUAUGUCAAUGGAUUUGAAAAGACAGUCUUUCAAUUAUCAUUCUAAAUCAAACAGAAAUUCUAUCAAACGUAAGUGAAAUUAGCUAAAGAUCACAGUAUGCCUGCUGCGUAAACAUACUGAACUUGCUUUUGCCACAUUUUACCAUUGUAGUUGAUGACAUUGAUAUUAAAAGACUGAGCAUUGCUCUUUGAUAUCAUAGCUUUACUUGUUGCUUUGUUGGGCUGGUACUUAUGUUCAUGGAUGUACAGCACAUAUCAGUUGCUGAAGAAUUUACGUGAAUAAAAAAAUAAUCUUUAUCGGAUUUCCCUUUCGUUGAAUGACAUUCAGACUACGGGCUGAACGAAUAGAAGUGCUUAAAAUGUCUAUCACUUUUUAAAACGAUUGCCUUCUCUAUACAUAUUCUUUUGAAAAUGCUAGGUCGAACGGGUUCAUUUUCUAAAAAACUGGAAACAAAAAAAAAAAAAUAAAAAAUUUACAAGACAAAUUAUUCACCAUUCCUUACAUCUUUUAAGCU